GCUGACGCCGCGCCGUGCCCCGGGGGAGCGGCCACUGCACCAGAAGGAGGCGGCGGCGGCGGCGGCGGGAGCCGCCGUGCUGAGGCGGGAGCGGACUCGACGCCUACCUGGCUCUAUGGAUACAAACAGAAAAAACAAGUCAUGAUGUGCCUUACCUUUCGCCUGGAAAGGUGAAUAUCUCUUUCAGAUAGAGAUGGCUGACAAAGCUGGAAAGAUCCUCCCAGGACCACUGUACAUUGAAGUAGAGUAUGAUUAUGAGUAUGAGGCAAAGGAUAAAAAGAUUGUGAUAAAACAAGGGGAGAGAUACAUUUUAGUGAAAAAGACUAAUGAUGAUUGGUGGCAAGUCAAAAGGGAUGAAAAUUCCAAGCCCUUCUAUGUGCCAGCACAGUAUGUGAAAGAAGUAACACGAAAAGCACUAAUGCCACCUGUUAAACAAUCAGGUGGUCUGCCAAAUAGCUCUUUGAAACUGAUGCAUAGUUUACAGAAGUCGACAGAAAAUGUGAACAAGUCUCCAGAGCUUUCUAGUUUUGGAAAAUCCUCUCCAGUUCAAGUGUCUGGUCUGGUUCGUGAUGCCAAUCAGAAUCUGGGCCCAGAUAGUAGCCCAGGUCAAAAUCUUGGCCUGAGCCUGGACCUUGCCCAAAAUAAUGGAAAACUUAACAGUGAGUUGCAGUCCCCAAAGGUUUCCAGCCAGUACAGGUCUCUGUGUGUGGGCCAUUUCACUUGUCCAGAACUCAUGGAAAUAGAGAAGACCAGCUUCUCACAUGAACAGUCCUGUGAUUCAGCAGGGGAAAGCUCAGAAAAAGUCCAUCAGGAUUCAGAAUCUGGAGAUGAACUCAGUAGCAGCUCCACAGAACAAGUGCAGCCAACUACUCCACCAAGCCAAGGCAGGCCGGAUUCACCAGUUUAUGCUAAUUUACAAGAACUGAAAAUAUCUCAGUCUGCACUUCCACCUUUACCUACAAAUUCCCCAAUUCAGAUUAAUGGAGAAUGGGAAACCCAUAAAGAUACUACAGGACGUUGUUACUACUACAACAGAGGAACACAAGAAAGAACCUGGAAACCUCCUCGUUGGACCCGGGAUGCAAGCAUAAACAAAGGGGAUUUCCAGAGCCAAGCUGAUCAGGAGCUUAUUUCAUCUGAAGAAAACGACUACAGUUCUUGUUACAGCCAGUCAGAUAGUCAGUAUGGUUCUCCUCCAAAAGGUUGGUCAGAAGAAUUGGAUGAACAUGGUCAAACCUUAUAUACCAAUGACUAUACUAAUGAAAAGUGGAUAAAACAUGUAGAUGAACAAGGUAGACCAUAUUACUACAGUGCUGAUGGAUCACGAUCAGAAUGGGAACUGCCAAAGUAUAAUGCUUCACCACAGCAGCAAAGAGAAAUAAUUAAGAGUAGGAGUCUGGACAGGAAGCUACAAGAACCAAUUGUUUUAACAAAGUGGAGGCACAGCACAAUUGUGUUGGACACCAAUGAUAAGGAAUAUCCAGCUGCUUCGAAAUCCACCUGUCCGGAAAAUGAGUCCUCUCCUUCCUCGCCAAAGCACCAAGCCACAGGUCAAGAGAAGUAUGGAUUAUUAAACGUAACGAAAGUUACAGAAAAUGGGAAAAAAGUCCGAAAGAACUGGAUGUCGUCAUGGGCAGUAUUACAGGGUUCAUCACUGUUGUUUACUAAAACCCAAGGAACUGGAACUGGUUGGUCAUUUUGCCAGUGGGGCUUAAUUCCUGAGCUCCUGCUCUCGCUGUUUUCUUCUUGGAAAAAUGCUCUCAGUGGUCGGCCUGCUGUCACCUAUGUAAACUGUGAUCCUGUUUCAGCUAUCACUAAGUUUGGGGUCAAUCAGUCUAAACCAGAAUUCACAGUGGAUAUCAGAGGGGCUGUUAUUGACUGGGCAUCAAAGGACAAAUCCAGCAAAAAGAAUGUUGUUGAGCUGAAAACCCGCCAAGGAACUGAACUCUUAAUUCAAUCUGAUAAUGACGUUUUUAUUAAUGAGUGGUUUAAAGUUCUUUCUUACACUAUCAGUAAUCAGGCAGUGGAAUCUGAUGAAGCAUUCGAAGAUGAUGUACCAGAUUCCCCAGGGGUGGAAAAACAAGACAAAGAGAAGGACCAUAAGGAUGCCAAGAAACUUCGUUCGAUGAAAAUAUCUAGCAACAUAGAUUCUUCAGAACAGAAAAAGACAAAAACAAAGCUGAAGAAAUUUCUUACACGACGCCCUACAUUACAAGCUGUUCGAGAAAAAGGCUACAUUAAGGAUCAAGUGUUUGGUUCCAAUCUCACCAGCUUGUGUCAGAGAGAAAACAGCUCGGUGCCAAAGUUCGUGAAGCUGUGCAUUGAACAUGUCGAAGAACAUGGAUUGGAUGUUGACGGGUUAUACCGAGUUAGUGGCAAUCUUGCAGUGAUACAGAAGCUAAGAUUUGCAGUUAAUCAUGAUGAGAAAUUGGACUUGAAUGACAGUAAAUGGGAAGAUAUACAUGUCAUCACAGGAGCUCUAAAAAUGUUUUUCAGAGAACUGCCAGAACCACUCUUCACAUAUAAUCAUUUCAAUGACUUCGUCAAUGCAAUUAAACAAGAAGCAAGACAGCGUGUUCGUGCUGUCAAAGAUUUAAUUAAACAGUUGCCAAAGCCAAAUCAGGAUACCAUGCAGAUACUUUUUAGACACCUCAAGAGAGUUGUAGAAAAUGGAGAAAAGAACCGAAUGACUUAUCAAAGCGUAGCAAUAGUUUUUGGACCAACUCUGUUAAAGCCAGAGAAAGAGACUGGUAACAUAGCAGUCCACACUGUGUACCAGAAUCAGAUUGUAGAAUUAAUUUUGCUGGAACUGAAUUCCAUCUUUGGAUGUUGAAGUUUUCUCAGAGUUAAAACUGAAGUGAUGAGUUGGCAACAGAUUUCCAUCAGGAGUCAAAUCUCUCAGUGUACACGAUGUAUUGUGUUUGUGGACCAAGCGACAGCUCAAUUUUGCACUUUUCAGUAGGAUGAGAGGGAAGAAACGGGAGGAGUGUUUGACCGAUUUAAUUGCUAUUCAUGCAAGUUAAUGAUAAAAUUUUGAAUUUCUUUAUAAUUCACUUAUUACAUUGCGAAUAUUUCAAAGUUUGUACUCUGCCUGUUUUAAUAAUUACAAAUUGCAAUUCUAGUACGAGCAUAUACACUGGAUUUCUUGGUGAGAAGCUAAAAUUAAUCUCAGACUGGAUAAUCUGGAAUGGAUUUUUUUUAAAAGGUUCACCACUUGGUAGGGUGAGGAAAACCCUAUCAACUGGCUUCAAAAAUGUUUUUUGAUACUUGUAGUGACAAUAAAAUUUCAUCCUAUGCUUAUGUACUGAAACCUGUGUGGAUCCUGUCAGCAGGGAUUCUGCAUGUAGUGUGGCUGUCUUUAAACUAGUGCUAACAGUGGCCAGUGUGGUUUACAGUAAUUCAAAUAAUCCCUCAUUUGAGGCUUGCUUUUUUUUAAAAAAACUGUAUUACAUUGCAUCCUUGCUGGAUCUUCUAGUUGCUUGAUAGAGCAGGACCCUAUUAUUUCAAACACUGAACUUGUAAGAAUAUCCAGCAGAGGAUUUGUUCUGUGACAUACUAGAGUUUUAUUUAAUACACACAUCCAUUUUUCAGGGUAUUUCUUGGGCUACAUUUUGUGCUAUACUGAAUUGCAGUUAACAGUUCUAAUUAAAUACCAUCAUUAUCUAAUGCUGUACUGAGUUCUUGGUAUGAUCCUGUGGUAGAGAUCAUUUUUGGAUGUAAAUACAGGCUAAAGACUGAAUGACCUUUGGCUUAUGUACAUAAUUCAGUUGUUGUAUAGUCUCAAAGUACCUUCUAGUUGCACAUUUCUAAUCAUGGGUAGAUUAGCUACAGGUAGUGUAACCCUUCCAGUGGAGGUCUAGGUCUAGGUUUCCUCGAAAAACUAAACAGGUGCACUUUUUUAGAUGUUAAUUACAUUUGCAGGCAAGGAAUUGUAAUGCAAAUGGUACUGGAAAAAUACUGUGUGCUUGCUAAAUUGUUAAUGCACUACAAGAGGAGCCUUUUAGGUUAUUUAAUAUGUACAGGAUACAUUAGAAAAAUGUAUUACAGAUUCUAACAUUUGCAAAUAAUGGAAACAUGUUCCAAUAGAUGUUUGUUGGAAAUAAUGACAUAAUGCUAAAUUUGAGAAUUUCUUUUUACAUUAAUAAUGUAGAUUAAUUUGUAAAAUAAAUUGGUUUUGGAAGAUUUUUGUUAUAGGGAGCAUGGUCGACUGAAGAUUUUUAAAUGUAUUUUUUUAGACUAACUGCUGUACCUGAUAUUUGUUAUGUCUAAUCUCAAUAAAGAAAACUAUUAGCUAG